UCUGUUUUCUUUUUUUGGGAGGUGUCUGUUUUUUUAUCUCAAUUUACCAAAAGGAGAAAGAGAUUAGGUUCUUGAUGUAUUGCUUCUUUUCUUUAUUCAAUUUUAUUUAGAUAUACACUUCUAGGGUUAUAGGCAGCAAGUGCUAGGGUAAUCUUUAAACAAUCUUUCUCCUUAUCUUCCUCUUCUUCUUCUUCUUCUGCCAAGAUCUUUCUAGGGUUUGUAUGUGAUCUUCCAAUUCUUUCUUUCCUGGGUCUUUAAAAAUUCCACAGAAUUCUUUUUUCUUGGGCUCCUUCAUUACUAUUACAGAUAAAGAUUUAUAUAAAAAGAAAGAAAGGAAGAUGGUGAGAGGAAAGACCCAGAUGAAGAGAAUAGAGAACGCAACAAGCAGACAAGUAACCUUUUCAAAGAGAAGAAAUGGACUUCUAAAGAAGGCAUUUGAGCUCUCGGUUCUUUGUGAUGCAGAAGUUGCACUUAUUAUUUUCUCUCCAAGAGGAAGGCUUUAUGAAUUCUCCAGUUGCAGCAUGAAUAAGACCAUAGAGCGGUAUCAGAAGAAAGUGAUUGAUCUUGGAAUCAGCAUCAAAGCAGUUCAAGAAAACAUGCAGAAUAUAAAAGAAGAUACUCUUAGCUUGGGAAAGAAGAUCGAGCAUCUUGAAGUUUCUAAACGAAAAAUGCUAGGAGAUGGAUUGGAACCAUGUCCAAUUGAUGAGCUACAGCAAUUAGAGAAUCAGCUGGAGCGAAGUUUAACCAGAAUUAGGGCAAGAAAGGGUCAGCUAUUCAGGGAGCGAAUUGAGAAGCUAAGGGAAGAGGAGAAAAUUCUGUUGGAAGAAAAUACAAGUCUGCGAGAGAAGUGUGGGAUGCAACCAAUGGAGUUGUCAACAAAGAAGCAACAAAUACAAGUAGCAGACAGAGAAAGCAUGGAGGUGGAGACAGCAUUGUUCAUAGGUCCGCCUGAGACACGAAUUGCCCAAAAACCGUAGGAAUGUGAUGAUCCUUUCGUCACUUAAGCAUGCAUUUGCUUCCACCCAUUACGUAAUGCUACUGUUUCUUCUUCUUCUUCUUCCUCUUUUUUUUUUUUUUGACAAAAUAACACAUCCCAUAUAUGUUUUAUAUAUAUAACCAAAGCAGUACAUUAAAGCUGUGAAAAUUGAUUGAUAACUCAGCAAAAAAACUUUUGUGAGCCACUGUACGUAUAUUCUUCCAAUAUUAUUGUAUUAUAAUAUUCUUACUUA